CGACGACUGCGCCACGUGUCAGGAAUCUAGUGGGUGGUAGGUUCUAGAAGGUCGUAGAAGAAUGUGAACCCGAGCCCUUGUUCGUCCCUGGGUCGUCGUGGUGAACCUGGAGCCACAAUAUAAAAACACACGUUUGCUGGGGUUUACGCGAAUAGCUCCGAAAGCGAAGCUGCUCAACAUUCGCUCGUCUCGUGAGAUCACCUUGAUCACUUCCACAGAUUCUACAAAGCUUGAAUUUUUAAGAUAUUUUUAGUUAAAUUGGGACAUGGCCGAGGAGGGUUACAAGGUUUCUUUGAAUGUUUAUGACCUAAGCCAAGGACUAGCUCGGCAGCUCUCCACAACCUUUUUAGGGAAGGCCAUUGAGGGUAUAUGGCACACGGGAGUUGUUGUUUAUGGUAAUGAAUACUACUUUGGAGGAGGCAUACAACAUUCUCCUGCUGGAUUGACACCAUAUGGUACACCAAUUCGGGUGGUGGAAUUAGGAGUCACACAUGUGCCGAAGGAUGUAUUUGAAAUGUAUCUGCAGGAAAUCAGCUCCCGUUAUACAGCUGAAACCUAUAGUUUGCUCACACAUAAUUGCAACAACUUCAGCAAUGAGGUUGCUCAGUUUUUAGUAGGUGCAACCAUUCCAGACCACAUUCUGCAGCUCCCUAACGAAGUUAUGAGUAGUCCAAUGGGUGCUCUUAUAUUGCCCAUGAUACAGAAUCUGGAGACAACACUGAGGGCUGGUGCUGUCCCACAAGUUCCACAAUUUAGGCCUCUGGUGGCCCAGCCUCCACAACCGAUGACCACCACAAAUGUCCGAAAGAGCGAUAACAAAGCGAAAUCUGAAGAGCCAAAGACAACGGAAAAUGCAGUGCCACCUGCUGUCAAACCUGCUGAACAACGGAAAUCGAAGGUCAAUGGGGCUACAGGAGACCCUCUUGGGAAUGCUCGGAGCAAGGUGCAGGAGGAGAUAAGCAAUGAAUUUGCCGCAAUAAUGGCGACGGGAACAUUGCGUGCCAGUGAGGCUGCAGCGCUUGCAACAAAAAGAGUUAUGCAAAGAUAUGGGAAUACGAGUGCUGCAAUGCCACAGAGUUAGAAUCAGGAGAAAAGACAUUCUUUUCAAUAGUUGUUUAGACCGUCAUUUCUCAAAGUUAUGGGUCUAAAAAUGACCCCUCAUAUGUUAUGGACAUUUUGUCAUUUUUAUUCAUUCUGUGACGGGGUCAUGAUUUAUUAUAUAAUGCGUAAUUAUCAAACGCUUUGAGUUGUUUAGACU